AGGAGAUCGAAGCCUCCAACAUCGACAACGUGGUGCUGGACGAGGAUCGUUCUGGGGCGCGGCGGCUCCAGAACCUCUGGAGGGACCAGCGGGAGGAGGAGCUGGGUGAAUAUUACAUGAAGAAAUACGCCAAGUCCUCGGUGGGGGAAACGGUUUAUGGAGGCUCGGACGAGCUGUCAGAUGACAUCACCCAACAGCAGCUGCUGCCCGGGGUCAAGGACCCCAAUCUCUGGACUGUCAAGUGCAAGAUCGGGGAGGAACGAGCCACCGCCGUCGCCCUCAUGCGCAAGUUCAUCGCCUACCAGUACACCGAGACCCCCCUGCAGAUCAAGGCCGUGGUGGCCCCGGAGCACGUCAGGGGGUACCUGUACGUGGAGGCCUACAAGCAGACCCACGUCAAGCAGGCCAUCGAGGGUGUGGGCAACCUGCGCCUGGGCUACUGGAACCAGCAGAUGGUGCCCAUCAAGGAGAUGACCGAUGUGCUCAAGGUGGUCAAGGAGGUCACCAACCUCAAACCCAAGGCCUGGGUCAGGCUCAAGAGGGGCAUCUACAAGGACGACAUCGCCCAGGUGGAUUACGUGGAACCAAGCCAGAACCAGAUCUCCCUCAAGAUGAUCCCCAGGAUCGACUUCGACCGGAUCAAAGCCCGGAUGAGCCUGAAGGACUGGUUCGCCAAACGCAAGAAGUUCAAGCGGCCGCCCCAGAGACUUUUCGACGCCGAGAAAAUCCGGUCCCUUGGGGGGGACGUGGCCUCCGACGGCGACUUCCUGAUCUUCGAGGGCAACCGGUACAGCAGGAAGGGCUUCCUGUUCAAGAGCUUCGCCAUGUCGGCCGUGAUCACGGAGGGGGUGAAGCCCACCCUGUCUGAGCUGGAGAAGUUUGAGGACCAGCCCGAGGGCAUCGACCUGGAGGUGGUGACUGAGAGCACAGGGAAGGAGCGGGAGCACAACUUCCAGCCCGGGGACAACGUGGAGGUGUGCGAGGGGGAGCUCAUCAACCUGCAGGGGAAGAUCCUCAGCGUGGACGGCAACAAGAUCACCAUCAUGCCCAAGCACGAGGACCUGAAGGACAUGUUGGAGUUCCCGGCCCAGGAGCUCAGGAAGUACUUCCGGAUGGGCGACCACGUGAAGGUGAUCGCGGGGAGGUUCGAGGGCGACACGGGACUGAUCGUCAGGGUGGAGGAGAACUUCGUCAUCCUCUUCUCUGACCUCACCAUGCACGAGCUGAAGGUGCUGCCCCGGGACCUGCAGCUCUGCUCCGAGACGGCGUCGGGGGUGGACGUGGGGGGGCAGCACGAGUGGGGGGAGCUGGUGCAGCUGGACCCCCAAACCGUGGGGGUGAUCGUGAGGCUCGAGAGGGAAACUUUCCAGGUGCUGAACAUGUAUGGGAAGGUGGUGACGGUGCGGCACCAGGCCGUCACCAGGAAGAAGGACAAUCGCUUCGCUGUCGCCCUGGACUCGGAGCAGAACAACAUCCACGUCAAGGACAUCGUCAAAGUCAUCGACGGCCCCCACUCCGGCCGCGAGGGCGAGAUCCGACACCUUUUCCGCGGCUUCGCUUUCCUGCACUGCAAGAAGCUGGUGGAGAACGGGGGGAUGUUUGUGUGCAAGACCCGCCACCUGGUGCUGGCCGGGGGCUCCAAGCCCCGGGACGUCACCAACUUCACGGUGUGCGGCUUCACCCCCAUGUCCCCCCGCAUCAGCAGCCCGAUGCACCCCAGCGGGGCUGGCCAGCGGGGGGGCUUUGGGGCCGGCGGGAUGAGCCGCGGGCGGGGCCGGCGCGACAACGACCUGAUCGGGCAGACGGUGCGGAUCUCGCAGGGGCCCUACAAAGGGUACAUCGGGGUGGUGAAGGACGCCACGGAGUCCACGGCACGUGUGGAGCUGCACUCGACCUGCCAGACCAUCUCCGUGGACAGGCAGCGCCUCACCACCGUAGGGUCCCGGCGCCCAGGGGGGCUCACGUCGGCCUACGGGAGGACCCCCAUGUACGGCUCCCAGACCCCCAUGUACGGCUCAGGGUCCAGGACCCCCAUGUACGGCUCCCAGACCCCCCUGCACGACGGGAGCCGCACCCCCCACUAUGGGUCACAGACUCCCCUGCACGACGGGAGCAGGACCCCGGCCCAGAGCGGGGCCUGGGACCCCAACAACCCCAACACCCCCUCGAGGGCGGACGAGGACUUCGAGUACGGCUUCGAGGAUGAGCCCACGCCGUCCCCCCAGGGCUACGGGGGGACCCCCAACCCGCAGACCCCCGGGUACCCCGACCCCGCCUCCCCCCAGGUCACGCAGCCCUACAACCCCCAGACCCCCGGGACCCCUGCCAUGUACAACACGGAGCAGUUCUCGCCUUACGCCGUCCCCUCCCCUCAGGGGUCCUACCAGCCCAGCCCCUCCCCCCAGAGCUACCACCAGGUGGCCCCGAGCCCGGUGGGCUACCAGAACACCCACUCGCCGGCCAGCUACCACCCCACCCCCUCCCCCAUGGCCUACCAGGCCAGCCCGAGCCCCAGCCCGGUGGGCUACAGCCCGAUGACCCCCGGGGCGCCCUCCCCGGGGGGCUACAACCCCCACACCCCCGGCUCGGGCAUCGAGCCCAGCGCGGGCGACUGGGUGACCACCGACAUCCAGGUGAAGGUCCGGGACUCCUACCUGGACUCGCAGGCCGUGGGGCAGACCGGGGUCAUCCGCAGCGUCACGGGUGGGCUGUGCUCCGUGUACCUGAAGGACAGCGAGAAGGUGGUCUCGGUGUCCAGCGAACACCUGGAGCCCGUCACCCCCACCAAGAGCAACAAGGUGAAGGUGAUCCUGGGGGAGGACCGGGAGGCCACGGGGAUCCUGCUGAGCAUCGACGGCGAGGACGGCAUCGUGCGGAUGGACCUGGAGGAGCAGCUCAAGAUCCUCAACCUGCGCUUCCUGGGGAAGCUGCUUGAGGCCUGAGAGACCCCCGGGACCCCUGCCCACUUUUCUGGCCAGUUUUCUCCCUUCUCUGGCCGUUUUUCCCCCUGUUCUUGCUGGU